GUCAAAGUGGUGUGGCGAGCUCGGCGCGGUGCGCGCACCAGCAGAGAGGGGCAAAGCCGCUCUCCGGCUGCAGUCUAUAGACACGGCAAGACAGAGCGCAGCAGGGUAGACACGUCUCGUUGCCCGAAAUGGCAAAGGGUUCAGCAAAUGCCGCGUCAGUCUUAUUUGAAAAUAAGAAAUUGGAGUUAUAGUUACAUGUUGGAACCUAAUUAUUCAUUCAAAAUAUAAAAAUCCUGCUAUGCUUUUUUGGACUUCUGGCCAAAAGUAAAAAUGAUGAAAACUGAGGCAUCUGGAGAAAGAUCAAAUCUAAGAAGUGCCUCCCCUCAUAGAAAUGCAUAUAGGACUGAGUUUCAGGCUCUGAAAAGCACAUUUGAUCAACCACGGACUGAUGCAGAACAAAAUCGAAAGGAAGGUUCUGAGAAAACACAGCAAACUCGAGGGAGACAAUAUGGCACAAAUGUUAACCGGAUUAAAAACAUGUUUAUGCAAAUGGGUAUGGGACCCAGUGACAAUACUGGUGUCUCUGCUAAGAUCAAGUCAAAAAGAGAAUCUUCUCCUCAAAGAAUACAGAAACCAAGAGAUUUUGUUGAUAGAGUAGAUGGGUCAAUCGUAAAAUUGGAAUCCACUAUAACUGAGAGGGCUGGUAAAUUUGACAUAUCUCGGGAUGCAUCAACCCAUUCUAAGUUUUCAGAAACAAGGAAACUCUUUGAGCAGUCAAUACAGGAAUCAUCUCGGUCACAUCGUUAUUCUUCUUCCAAGGAUCGAAAGGUACCCCAAGAGUUUCAUGAUGAACGAAAAGGCUCUCGUUCAAACAGAGGCAGUACAGAUUCUUUAGACAGUUUGUGCUCCAGAACUGAUGCCUCUUCACCAACUGUAAGCCAGUUAAGUGCAGUUUUUGAAAAUGCGGAGCACCAAAAUAUAAUUGAGCUUGAUAAAACUGAUGAAAAACAUACAUAUGAUAAAUUACACAGGACCAGUAGGCAUAGUGAUAGCACUAGAUUUCAACAGUUAAUUACAUCUGGCCAGCAAAUUCCUGCUUCAUCUUCUUCAGAGGAUCUACUAAGCCCUAGCCCACUAUCUGAUAAAUCAGAAGAAACAAAGCAAGAAACUCUGUAUCCUCAAGGAGCAAAUGACAGUGAUUAUAGAAGCAAUAUUCUUCCAGAUACAGCGAAUGAAUCUAAUCUCAAUAAGCAUAUUGGAAGUACUGACAAUUUUGACUGUACAGCAACAUUACAAACAGACAUUCUAAGCUUCUCUGAGAGUACUAUUUCUUCAUGUAAAUCUAAUGAAAACAUUGAGGAUAGUGGUUUAGGUAGUGGGGCUUGGGUUUCACAAAGCUUGGACAAAGACUUCUAUGAAAAAAGCUCAGACUGGGAGAAUCCUGCAGUUACACCAGAUAAUGGUGCUGGCAAUCAAACCUGGGAAGAAAGCUACACUGAUCCAGAAGACCAAGUAGGUAGCGAUGAUAGCAGCUAUUUUGAACCAGAAGCAGAAUCAAAAGAAAUCCCUGGCCUUCCAGACGAAGAUGAAGUUCCAUUAAACAGAAAAAUAAAAUUUAGCACUGCUCCAAUCAAGGUUUUCAAUACAUAUUCAAAUGAAGAUUAUGACAGAAGAAAUGAGGAGGUUGACCCAGUGGCAGCCUCUGCAGAAUAUGAACUUGAAAAGCGAGUGGAGAGACUUGACCUUUUCCCUGUUGAACUUGAAAAAGAUGAUGAUGGUCUGGGAAUCAGUAUUAUUGGCAUGGGAGUUGGAGCAGAUGCAGGUCUCGAAAAACUUGGAAUUUUUGUGAAAACAGUAAUUGAAGGUGGGGCAGCCCUGAGAGAUGGCAGAAUUCAGGUUAAUGACCAGAUUGUGGAAGUGGACAACAUCAGCUUGGUUGGAGUAACCCAAAACUUUGCAGCCUCAGUUCUCAGAAAUACAAGUGGCAUUGUCAGAUUUCUUAUUGGGCGAGAAAAGCCUGGUCAGACAAGUGAAGUCGCUCAGUUGAUCAGGCAGACACUUGAGCAGGAGAGGCGACAGAGAGAGCUGAUGGAGCAGCACUAUGCACAAUACGAUGCGGAUGAUGAUGAGACUGGGGAAUAUGCCACUGAUGAUGAGGAGGAAGAUACUGGCCAAAACCUUUCAAGAGGUGAAAUGUCAAUUGAAGUUUUUGACUUGCCGGAAACUGAGGAAAUGUUUUCUCUGUCUGAACUAGAUGCAACUAAACUUUCCCAUAAAUUUCGAGAGCUACAAAUAAAGCAUGCUGUGACUGAAGCUGAAAUUCAAAAGUUAAAGAACAAGCUUCAGGCAGUAGAAAAUGAGAAGGUUCGAUGGGAACAUGAAAAAUCUCAAUUGCAAAAGAGCAUUGAAGGAAACAAAGACCGGAUGCUGAAACUUGAGAGUUACUGGAUUGAAGCUCAGUCUCUUUGCCAUACUGUGAAUGAGCACCUGAAAGAAACUCAAAGUCAAUAUCAAGCCUUAGAAAAAAAAUACAACAAGGCUAAGAAGCUUAUAAAGGACUUUCAACAAAAGGAAAUUGAUUUUAUAAAACGAGAAGAAGCUGAAAGGAAGAAGUUUGAAGAUACUGAAAAAUCCCACUUGAUAGAGAUGCAGACUUUACAAGCAAGGAUAACAGAUCUGGAAGCAGAGCUUUUUAAGCUGAUGAAGCUAAAUGGGACUCAGGUGAACAAUAACAAUAAUAUCACUGAAAGCAGUUCCUGUCAUAGUAUAAUUGGACGAGCUUAUAUAGGAGACGCAGUUGAAAGCCUGGCAGGAACAGACAAAUCAUCUCAGGCAGGUCCCAGUGGAGAUUUUAAAGAAGCCAUCCCUGAAACUGAAAAACUGGAAAGCAUGUUGCUGAAAGCUCGGUUACAACUUUCAGGAAAAGGUAGACGACAGAGGUCUUCCUUCACUCCGCAGCGUGACAGCAUCAGCUCUACAGAUGGGGAGGAUAACAUUGAGAGGAAGGCUUCAGAAGUCCUUGGUAGCCCUCCACAUUGCACCAAGUGCCCUAUCCCUCCUUCUCUCAGGUCAUGUUCUCCAGCAUCAGAUUCAGGCGCCUCCUCAUUGUCCCCAGUGGCAUUUUCAGUUGAGUGUACAGCAGAAAGUCAGGAAGAUGGAAUAGACCUGACUGGAAAACAGACAUUUGGAGAUACCCCAUCUUCAUCGCCUUCCAAGUCUGGUCAUAGCUCAGAAGGUUCUCCUUUGCAUCAUCCAACUCAGCAAAAAAAGUGUGAAGGCUCAUCUGCUGUACAUGAAGGAAGACUGAAAAAAAAACUUAUUGACCUUGGAGCUCCCUUGAGAAGAAGCCGUGGUAAAGGGAAGAAAGAAAAAGGGAAAGAUAAAGACGUCAGCCGUUUAUCAUCUUCACCCAGGGCUUCCAAAGAGACCAUGGAAUGCUCAGUCAACAUGCCUUGUGUGCCACCUGCCUUGCCACCUAAAGUGAAAUCCCCUUGGUUAGGAGAAGGAGCAAAAGGUUCAAAUAGCCUUCCUUCACCCACUAGUUCAACAGAGCCGUCCUCUGAGAACAGUCCUGACAAACACAAAACCAAGAAUUUUGCAUUCAAUGAAGACUUAAGUCCCAGCAGCACAAGUUCCGCAGAUCUUGGUGGUUUAGUAGCAGAACCAAAAGUAACCGGAAGAUCCCAUACCAUGAUGUUGUCUUCAGAUGAAAGCCUGGAUAUGAUAGAUGAUGAGAUUCUUGACGAUGGUCACUCACCGAAACACAAUCAGUGGCAGAACAGGGCGGUCUUUGAAUGGAGCAGCCAGCAGGUUUCUCAUUGGCUGAUGGGUCUUAAUAUGGAGCAAUACAUUCCGGAGUUUACUGCCAGAAAUAUCGAUGGAGAGCAGCUGCUUCAGUUAGAUGGGAGAAAGUUAAAGUCUCUUGGUGUUGCCUCUUCUCAAGACCGGGCUUUAAUUAAAAAGAAACUUAAAGACUUGAAAGCUAUCUUGGACAAGACUCGCAAGACACAAGAAAAACUGGAAAAAAAACAGGAAAAGCUUCAUAAGCAACAGAAAUCAACCAAAACUACAUGCACUCAGUCUGCUGGACUCGCUGAGGGAAGCAAUAAGCAGUAGUGGAAUUGUCAGUUUUUGUUGCAGAUUGGUGUCAAGUGGAAUUCUAACCGGUGUCAAUGGUGUCCCAAAGCGUAAGUAACAGGUUGAGCAAUGAAAAGUAUGGAUGAACAACUUCAGUGUUCUUCACUUCACAGCAGCUAACAUACAUGUCAGUCAAUGUUACUUAUUCCCAGUGAAGCAACCCGGGUUAUCACUUCAGCAUCACUCCUUACUGUCUACCUUGUCCUCCAUUUAGCACCAUGCAGUUUUAAUAUAUUAAAAUAUAUGUCAGGUAAGAAUGUUUUUUUUACUAAUGGCUGUAUUGUACAUAGGGCAAAGGUUAAGUAAAACUCUUCAAAAAUAAGAAUAUUGUGCAAAGAAAAAGAAAAAAAUUUAGAAAAGGCCUAUACAUACUACUAGAUUCAAACAUUUCAAAUAUAUAACAAAACAUUUUUUUAAAUUAAUGUCAAUGUUUUGAACUGGCACUAAACAUCAGGCAAGUCAAAAAAUAAGCAGUUACCUGUAAGUCCACAAUCAAUCUUACAAUUUGACAAUUUCACUUAAUUACAAAAUUAAAACGAUCUCGUGUUAAAAAGCACAAUGGAAAUGUACUCUGAGAGAACAUAAUUUUUUAUACUUUAUUUUCUGUUUUGUAAAUAUUUCUUGAUUCUUACCAACAGUUGCACACUUUCAUUUUAAUAACAUCUUUUACUUGUGUGGGAUGUUAAUGUGAAAUCUUUCCAAAUAUCUCUUGAAGAAGUCACGCAUGCAUGCUGAUGGAAGUGCUCAAAAAUCAACUUUUAUUAACCUCAAUAAUCCCUGCCUACAACUGUAAAUACUGUCCUACAUUCACUUGUCUAACUAUGUUGAACCUUUCAUUGAUUCAUCUGAGACUCAUUUGUUAUUUUUAAUGGUUUAUAUUUUUUAGUUUUAAAAUGACAUUUAUUUUCCGUUCAUUAAUGACUAACCACUGGUCCGUGAACGCUCACCUAGGUGUUAAGUACUUGUUACUCCACUGUGUUCUAUUUAUUUUGCAUUCUGUUUGUCUACCCAUUUUAUUAUUUUAUAUUGUUUUUGUUUUGUCAGCUCUCUUUAUUGUGUUUUUUGUCUUUUUUUGUUGAUGUUUCUUAAUGUGCUUUAUUCAUGAGCUACAUUUUAUAAUGUUUUACAAGCCCAGAAUGUGAAAAUAAGGGAAAUAACACUUGAUGUUAUGCGUCACUGCAGCAGGGCCACGUGGUAUCCACGUUUAUUCUGCACAUUCCGUCUGCUAAAAAUAAAAUUAUAUAUAUAUAUAUAUAUAUAUAUAUAUAUAUAUAUAUAU